UGCAUUCGAAGGAUUGCGCAAUGGGGGUUCAUGAAGUGGUGGUGCUACACUUUGUUCUGCGAACAUGCCAAAUCGAGGGCGGUUUAUGAGCGAGUCAUUGACUUGCUAGUUGUCCUGUGUCAUGAUGCUUUGACUGUAGAACUUUGUUGUCGAUGUCGUCGACUGCACCGGAAACUCUCUCCUUAUGUACCUGGGGUUGUCUUUUGCGCGCCUGCCGUGGGACUUGUACAGAACUGUCCCCGGGUUCAUCUACCGUAUCGGACGCUUUUUGUCGUUUCGACCGACGAGUGGGCAUGGGGGCUUCUGCGGGUGUCGGUGUGGUUUAUCGGGAUCCGGUGCUAUGGUUGGCAACACUUUGGAUCUGCGCGGUGCUCUUCGUGAUUCUGCCACCGCGGGUCUUGCGAGAAGUGUCCUUCGGCGGCCGAGGUGACAAUGCUCGUGGCUGCGAUACACGCUCAGAGGCUGGAGCGUCGGCUAUACCUGGCUCCGGCUCCGGCUCCGGCUUGAGACCAAACAUUCGAACAAACUCAGCCUGUUCCUCCUUGCUGACUCCCCAAGCAUCCCAGGUACGGUGUUGUGUGUCGAGUUCUUUUUGGGUCAGUGGCAUUUUCAUUGGUGGCUCAUUCUUGCACCGUUUCUGAGCUACAGCUUCUUCUCGCACCGUAGCGUCGAUCUGCUCUUGUGUUUUCCCCUCGAUCCGUUCAAGAAAGUUGAGACUUCUUUGUGAUGUCCUCUAUAGGAUGUAUGGAUCCGUUGAACAGAUCAAUGCCGCGGUACUCGACAAGUGUGCUAAGUAUGUAUGAAGAUACUUUCUUUGGGUUAAGUAUAAGGCUUAGAGUAGAAUACUAGAUAUAUUAUUGAGUUUUACUUGAAUCUUC